AUGGCCUCUCGAGGGUACUCCCGGAUCAGGAAGGUGGGCGAAGGGUCCUUUGGGAAGGCAUGGUUGGUUCGAGGAAGAGAUGGACGGGAAUACAUCAUGAAGACGAUCGAUGUGAAAAGGAUGGAUAAGAAACAGAGAAAUGAAGCUAGGAAUGAGGUCAAGGUGUUGUCGUCAUUGAAGCAUCCGUAUGUGGUGUGCUAUAGGGACUCCUUUUUCGAGGAGGCCAGUGGGCUGUGCAUCAUUAUGGACUACGCUGAGGGGGGGGACCUCGCUGAUAGAAUUCGCAAGGCGCGCGAUGCUGGUGUUGGAUUCCCAGAGGCACAGAUCGUCAGAUGGCUGAGUCAAGCUGCACUUGCUCUGAAGUACUUGCAUGAGAAGCAUGUACUGCAUAGAGACUUAAAGGCCCAGAACCUCUUCUUGACCAGGACCAACAGGCUCCGACUGGGCGACUUCGGAAUUUCUAAGGUACUUGACUCCACCUUGGCCUUCGCAGAGACUACUAUCGGGACGCCCUAUUACCUCAGCCCUGAGAUCUGUGAGGAAAGGCCGUAUAACUGGGCCUCGGACAUUUGGGCGUUGGGGUGCAUUCUGUAUGAGAUGUGUUGUCUUAAAGUGCCCUUUGAUGCUUCUAAUAUAAAGUCGUUGGUGGACAAGAUUACCAAAGGGCCGACGCCGGAGUUGCCGCCGCAUUUUUCACCAGAGUUGAGGGCCUUGCUGAGGGACUGUUUGACGAGGGAGUGGACUAAGAGGCCGACUGCGGCUGAGAUAGUCGGCCGGGGCAUAGUCCAGGCUGAGAUAAGGCAGAUGUUGGAGGAAGAGGGAGACCCUAUGGUGAGUGGGUGCCCAAGCGGAACCUGUCUCCUUCUGUUGGUCAUCAUCCGCGACGCUACAGUCCAGCGUGUCACCACAGGGGAGUGCAUGUGUCACCAGUGCCGAGGGGCCCAUCGGGAAGGGAGGGACCUCAAAGGAGAGACCACCAACCGCGAUCGCCAGUCGUGGCCCAACGUGGUCCAGAUGAUUCCCCGAGAGGUCACCCGGGACCAAGACCUCAUCAAAGAGGCGUAG